UAAAUCGAGGUGUUGCGUCGCGUUUUCUGCGCAGCGCACGGACAUUUUUUAUUUUGAAUUUAAGAACCUGAUUACAGCAAUGGCACAAACUACACGAUCACUCAGCUGCCUGCUGCUGGCAGUCUUUAUUGGUUCCCAAGCACCCUGCUGUGAAGGUGUCUCACCAAGUGAAGAAUCUGCCAUAAAAACGACAUCUUCCGCAGACAUUACCGAUUUCAACGGAACCCUGUACGCGGCCUGCGAGAUGAAGCCCAGUGCUACGCUGCCAGACGGUCAGCUCCAGAUAUAUGGGCAGGUUCUAUUCAAGCAAGGCUACCCCAAAGGAACACUGAGCGUCAUGGUCAACCUGCACAACCUCCCCUACAAGGACAACCAGUCCAGAGCCAUCCACAUCCAUGAGUACGGAGACCUCAGUGAGGGCUGUGACGCCAGCGGUGGCCACUACAACCCGCUGAAGGUCAACCACCCCAAUCACCCCGGCGACCUCGGCAACUUCUCCAGUCGCCAUAGAAGGAUCCGGAAGCUGAUGAGCUCCGCAGCCACGCUGUUCGGCGAGCAGUCUGUCCUGGGCCGAGCCGUGGUAAUCCAUGAGAAGGAGGACGAUAUGGGCCUGAGUGGGAAUGCGGGGAGUCUGUUGCAUGGAAAUGCAGGCCGUAGGCUGGCUUGCUGCACCAUUGGAAUCAGCUCCUCCAAACUCUGGGAGAAGACUGUGGAAUCCACCUUUGAAGAAGAGACCAAGUGA